UUUGAUAAAACUGAUCAAGAUAUUACGAAAUAUAAACGGAAUAUAUUGAUAAACAACAAUUAUGAUUCAGGACACACGUAUUGUUAAUUAACCUGUUUUAAAGUCGGUUAUACAUUUAGUAACUUAAAGUUGAUGGUGUAUCUUUUGUGAAUAUUUACAUUGUUGUUUCUGUGUACCUUGUAAAAAUUAGAUUUUAAGCAUAAAGAAUAUGACUAGUCCGCUGUCGCCUGCCAAAGUUCCCGAGGAUGUUGACACUAAACCAAUAUCUAAACCUUUCACAGAAAGUGGGAAAUGUAAAGAUGAAGUCACAUUAAAAUUUGACGAUGGACAAGUACUCUUUGUGUCACAACAUUUCUUAAUUUUGGCGUCGCCGGUGUUUGAAGCGAUGUUCCGUGGGGAUUUCAAGGAAAAUCAAACAAGGAAUGUUGACAUGAAAGAAAAGAAAUAUGACGACAUUUUAGAGUUUCUAAUGUGCAUUCACCCUGGAACGACUACAACUGUUAACAGUGACAAUGUUCUGGAUAUAAUGCCUAUUGCUGAAGAAUAUCAGGUCGCACGUAUCUUAUACCAAUGUAAAAAAUGCCUGAAAAAGUGGCUCAACGAUGAACUUGAGACAGCACGUAGGGGACAGUCUAUUGAUGAUUUCGUGAUACCGGCUCGAAACUGUUUAUAUAUCCUUAAAACAAUCACAAUGUUUAACUACAGUGAGCUGAUUAAACAUUGCGUUCGAGUGGUAUCUCAAUUCGGGCAUAGGAUAUAUUUUGGCUCAUAUUCCCCAAAUACCAUCGCAGUUCAUGAGUUAAAAAGUCGAAUUUCUGACAAAGGGAAGCCAACUUCUGUCGAAGAAAUUAUCAAUGAAUGUACAGAGAUCUUCAAAAGUCUACAACCCGAUUUGAAGUAUGACGUCCUUGCUCGGAGAUUGGCUCUUUACCCCGAUAAUGACAUCAGCAUCCGUUCCCGUAGGACAUUUUCCCGAUACAACUCCCGAUAUCGCUCCCGCGUUUUUGACCACUAUGACUCCGAUGAAUACCGCUACCAUGGCGACCCCCGCAACCGUUCCCGCUCCCACGAACGUUCCCGCUCCCGUUCCCGCUCCCGCUCCCGUAGCUCAAGCGACAGUUAAAGGUCCAGGGACAACUCAAGAGACUAACACAGAGACUGCGAUUGCCCCCACUCCUAAUUCCCACCCCUUUCUCUCCGAUGUACAGACAAUCUAAGACGUGGAUCAAGCCAUCAAAAAUAUGAGUCAGUCCUUUCUUAAUGUCAGUCAAACAAGAGAAAACUUAGUUUAAAAUGUAACUAUAGUUAAGGAUGUUUUUUUUUUUAAAUUUGACUUAAUUCUCAAUGAAGCACAUCUGUGAUUAAAGUGCUAUCCAUCAAGUGUGUGCUCUUUAUCUUUUAUUUUGUGUUGUUAUUUCUUAUAGAUGGAAAGAUUCUUUUUAUUAUUUUUCUUGUAUAAUAAAGCUUUUUAAAAAAAUCUU